AUGCAAGUCAGUCUUGAUCGCAUAGAAUUCUACGAGCCCGACCCCAAAGCGCCGAACCUGCCGAGACUAUCAACUUUAGCCAUUCCCAGAAACGAGGUUCUCUCCGCACCCGAUGAGCGUGCCGAGCAGCCGAGGCUAUGCGGCAAAGACCCGACCUGGGAAGGUGUCAUUGUAAUAUCAGACAACGACGGCAGCGACGGCGAGAGCAGCAGCGAUGGAGACGCCCGAAGCAGCACUUCUAGGCCUAGGCCCGAGAAGCAGGCCUCACUUCCUAAUGGAUGCGUUAGCCCGCGAACGAUCUCGAAAUUCCCCGUCGGCCCGAUCUUCGACCGAGUUAACCAUCUCCUUGUCGACGCCAAUUUGCAACCUGCCGAAAAGCUAAGAGCCGAUGCAGCGUCGUCAUACGAUCGAGGCUUCCCUCUGAUGCAAUGCACUUUACAAACCCCGUCGAGUUCCCCUCAGCAAACCCUCUUCCCCGCUCCCGGUGCCCCUGCAUUCGAAGACGACACCAACAUGCAACGGACCCAAAGCCCCUCGAUGCCGCUCUCAGGCACUGCUUACGACACGCUCCACCUCUUGUCGCGCCACGCCGGCAGUCUACCACAUUCUUCCGGCAACACAUCUCGGGGCAGCUCAGUCGAGCCAGAUAUCGAAGCUCAGGAACGGUGGCUUCUGCCUUCGCCCUCGGACAGACAGGUUUUGGACCAGAUCAUCGAUGGCACCGCUGACAAGGGAGGUCCGUGUCAUGCGACAGCAGUCGACACAAAUGAAGGCAUGCCAGCUUUAGCCUCGUCUCUGCCUGUCUCCUCCCUUGUGUCCCACUUAUCCCCAUCGAUGUGCGUGGGGUUACAGUUAGUCCAACCCAACUCGCAGGACACGAGACGCGCUCAAGAAGAUACCAUCUCCCCCUGCACGACUGGCAACACUUUCUACGACUUGGAAGACUCUGUGACGUCCACCGGGCCAUCGCCAUGUGGCACGUCACCUGUAUCCACGCCCACCACCAUACCGCGGCUGCAGGCGCGAACGCACGAUCCCAUUUCGCCGCUCAGACUCAGACGAACCCGAAGUGCACGCCCUACCCAUAGCACCCCUCAGCGAUACAGCGCACGUCUGCGCGCUAUAUCCCGCAACGCACUAGGUGCCCGUUUCCAACACAAAGCAAACCAUGAUUCCGACUCCAAUGACGGUUCAUCGUCUGAAGACGGAAGCGACAACGACACAAGCUAUACAACGAGGUCGAUCAACUGCAUAGAAGAAAGGAGCAACGACGGCCUAGACGGAGAUGUUAUGCCGGCACCAAAACGUCGCAAGUCAUCAUCUCCACAGGUCGUUGCGGCUCAACGUCGAACCUUGCGACAAGCCUCGAGGUUGUCAGCGGCCGGUGCCAACACUUGUGCCACGGGAAAUGCCCGAACUCGUGGUAUCGCUACCCCAUCAUCAUCCUCUCAUCAAUCGUCCGACCGAGACUCUGUCACGGACCGGUCUGUCGCCCGGGUUGAGGAGUGGCCAUUGCAGGACGUCGCUCUGAAGCGUGUGACAGUGAACGGCGUGGCAACAUUCCAGCUCCAGUUCUCAUGGGACCGGCGUGCGGAUCAUCGCCGGGAUCACCGCAUUACAGAGACACGAGACCCUUGGUGUUCAGCUAGGAAACGACACAAGAAGAAGCAUGCCUCAAGUUCGGGCAGACCAUUCACGAAGGAUGAAGACCAUUGUCUGAUGAGGCUUAAGGAGGAGGAUGAACGGUUGUCUUGGACAAAGAUUCAUGAACUGUUCACGAAGUCCUACCCCGGCCGCACGAAGGGGUCCCUCCAGGUGCACUACUGUACCAAACUCAAAGGAAAGUCUGAUAGCCUGAUAAUGUUGAAUUGA